AUGGAGCUGGCCCACAGUUCCUUGGGAAGGAUGACCGUUGUCAGGCAGAUUUUCCCUCUGUGGAAAGACAGCAGCAUGAGCUGUAUGAGGAACAACCACCGCAUCUCAUCACUGCUCUGCGACCCUCAGGAGGGCUACGUGCAGUCACUGGAGGUGUCCAAUUUGUACCUCUAUGAUAGCGUGUUGAUGCUGGCCAAUGCAUUCUACCGGAAAUUAGAGGACCGAAAGUGGCACAGUAUGGCCAGCCUCAACUGCAUCAGGAAGUCAACCAAGCCCUGGAAUGGAGGCUGGUCCAUGCUGGAGACAAUCCAAAAGGGCCGUAUAACUGGUCUCACUGGAAUUAUGGACUUCAUGGACAAUGGAUCAAAUUCCCACAUUCAGUUUGAAAUUUUGGGAACAAGCUUCAGCGAGACGUUUGGAAAAGACAUAAAACGA